CCGCCUCCUGUCCCUUCGGACUGGAUGGAAGUGCCACGACUUAAAGGAGUCAUUUUCUACCUACCUGCCAUAUUAUAGGCGUACAGCACUGUCAGUUAUCUUUGCUCCGCCCUCUCACAUUGCAGCAUGGAGGAUAGAAUGUAACAAAAUCCAGGUAGCAACUGUAGCAAGGCAAGAGGUGGUGUUCAAUUUAAGAGGACAUCGUGCUUGGAAGAUAAGAAAGUGAUGCACGAUGCCCAUAGUGGACAAGCUGAAAGAGGCCCUGAAGCCUGGCCGGAGGGACUCGCCCGACGAGGGCGACCUCAACAAGCUGCUGGCCUCGUCCGCCAAGAAGGUGCUCCUGCAGAAGAUCGAGUUUGAGCCGGCGAGCAGGGGCUUCUCCUACCAGCUGGAGAGCCUGAAGAGCAAGUACGUCAUCCUCAACCCCAGGAGCGAGAGCGCCGCGGGGCCGAGGCCCGCCGACACCGUCCACAUCAAGAGGCAGGUGUCGGAGAGCGCGGGCGGGGGCCAGAGCGAUGGAAUCCCCGCCCCCCAGAAAAUGCUGUUUCCCGCUAACCGGCUCUCCAUGAGGUGGGAGCGCGUCUACAGGGUGGGGGCCGGCCUCCACAACCUGGGGAACACCUGCUUCCUGAACUCCACCGUGCAGUGUCUCACCUACACCCCGCCCCUCGCCAACUACCUGCUGUCCAAGGAGCACAGCCGCUCGUGUCACCAGUCGGGGUUCUGCAUGAUUUGCGUGAUGCAGAACCACAUCGUCCAGGCCUUCGCCAACACCGGGAACGCCAUUAAGCCCGUGUCCUUCAUCAGAGAUCUGAAGAAAAUCGCCCGCCACUUCCGGUUCGGGAGCCAGGAGGACGCCCACGAGUUCCUGCGCUACACGGUGGACGCCAUGCAGAAGGCCUGCCUGAACGGCUACCCCAAGUUGGACAGGCAGACCCAGGCCACCACACUGGUCCAUCAGAUCUUUGGGGGUUAUCUCAGGUCACGAGUGAAGUGCUCCAUUUGUAAAAGCGUAUCGGACACCUACGACCCUUACCUGGACAUCGCUGUGGAGAUCAGGCAAGCGGCGAACAUCGUCCGGGCCCUGGAGCUGUUUGUCAAACCGGACGUCCUGAGUGGAGAGAACGCGUACAUGUGUGCUAAGUGUAAGAAGAAAGUGCCGGCGACCAAACGCUUCACCGUCCACCGCACCUCCAACGUGCUGACGCUGUCGCUCAAGAGGUUCGCUAACUUCAGCGGCGGGAAGAUCACCAAGGAUGUGGGUUACCCAGAAUUCCUGAACAUACGGCCCUACAUGUCUCAGAGCUCAGGGGACCCAGUCAUGUACGGCCUGUAUGCUGUCCUGGUGCAUUCUGGGUACAGCUGCCACGCCGGGCACUACUACUGCUAUGUCAAGGCCAGCAACGGGCAGUGGUACCAGAUGAACGACUCAAUGGUUCAUUCCAGUAACAUCAAAGUGGUCCUCAAUCAGCAGGCCUACGUCCUCUUUUACCUGAGAAUCCCCGAAGCGAAGAAGAACACGGACGGCCCGGUGAUCAAGGCGGGGGCGCUGCACGCCGGGAGGAACGCCAUGACCCCCGAACAGCUGAAGAAGGCCACCCUCAACGGGUCACUGUCGUCGCCGCAGGUUACCAAGAAGCUGGACCCCUCUCAGCUGCGGAAGAUCCAGUCCAUGGAUGGCGGGGUCGGGGUCCCUGUGCCCCGAGGCGGCGGCGGCCCCUUGCCCAAGCUGGCUAAUGGCAUACCCUCGGGCCACGCCCCCUCCAAGCCGCCGGGCCCCACCCUGAUCGAGGAACCCUUCAAGAAGCUGAAGAAGCCGUCGCCGCAGACGCUGGGCCGCAGCGCUACGCCCGCCCCCUCCAACGGCCUGAGCAGGGCGGACGGCGAGCGGAGGCCGGGGUCGGAGGUCAGGGGCCUGGCUGCAUCUACCUCAAUGAAGUCCCUGUCCGACUCGUCCUCCGCAGACAACUCCGAUUCCAAGGACUGCGGGGGGCCCCGGAGCGCCCCUGCCGGUGACCCGGCCGCCCAGAGGAGCAGCGUGAACGGGACGGCCUCCCCCAGCCGCUCGGCCGAAGGGUCCAAGGGCCUGGAGCACAGGGCCGGAGACGACCAGAAAACGGUCAAGUUAAAACCCCAGGCCCUCACCAACGUCACCUCCGAACCCACCAGCACCAUGUCGCCCCCGCCCGCUAAGAAACUGGCCCUGUCUGCUAAGAAGGCCAGUCCCAGCUGGAGUCCGAUCAGCAGUGAGGCUCCGCUUCCCCCCGCACGCCAUCCGUCCAGAGACCCCACGCAUCCCGCACACCUCCACCCCCUCAUCUCCGCUCCUCCCGCGCGUGCUAACAGGGCUGCUCCAUUCCAUUUGCCCAAACCCCAAUUGCCACCCACACCCCAGCCCAGCGCAGACCCCCCCCACACCCCCCUGUCCUCUGCUCUGCCGAGGCCGCCGCCCACCUUCUCUGCUCAGACCAAUGGCUUUCUCCCACACCCUCUGAAGACCCCCAGUCCGGCCUCUCUCACGCGAGGCCCCGCCCCCGAGCCUGCUGGCCCCGCCCCGCAGAGGAAGAAGAAGAAACACAAGCGCCGCCACUCGGAGAUGGAGGCGGAGACACCGCCGCCCACCGCGCAGCCCAAGCGGGAGGCGGGACAGCCGGAGGCCGACCGCAAAAAGAAGAAGAAGAAGAAGAAGAAAAAGAAGCGGAAGAGAGAGGACGAGGAGGAGGAGGGGGAGUGUCCCAGGAGCCCCGGGGAGAUGGCGCAGUCGCACCUGGAGCCUCCGGCCCCGCCCCACCCCUCUCAGGAGGAGGACUGGUGUCUGGGGGAGCCCUGGACCAUCUCCCCCGCACCUGCACGGGUGCAGACACAGACGCAGCUGGAGCAGACGCAGACGCAGCCAGAGCAGACGCAGACGCAGACGCAGACUCCCAAAGCGGGACAGCAAGCUGCAGACGCGGUCAGGAAGAAGAAGAGAAAACGCAAGGACAGACAGGAAGAGGAAACGGUCUCUUACCCUGCCCCAGAAGGCUCCGGGAUGGAGGGAGGAGACACUGGGACAGAGCUGAAGAAGAAGAAGAAGAAGAAAAGGAGGCUGAAGGAACACUUGGAGAGAUGCGGAGAGAAGGGCCAGAGAGCGAGCGAUCGGGAGCACACGGACGCAGGCGCAGUCCUCCCGCCACAGGGGGGCGCCGUCGAGGCAGGGAAGGCCCCCGUCUCCAGCUCAGGUAGCCACAAUGCCGCAGCCUCUGCCCCUGAUGCCACUCAGCCGUCAGUCAACGCCGCAGUGUUCGUGUGGGACAGCCGGGUGAGGGACGGGUAUAGGCGCCCGCAGGCGGACCCCGCUGCGGAGGAAGGGGGAGGACGCGCCCCCCGCCCCGCUGCCACGGGCUGGGACGGCGCGCGGACCGGCGGCGUGGUGGAGGAGCUCCUCAGGAACUCCGCGGACACGGCGUACGGAACGCAAGUGCUCAGCUGGGACGGGGACGUCUCUGCUAUCAGCAGGGAUGCGGCGGACGACGCGCGGCUCUCGAAAAUGGACACCGUGAUCGACGAAUGGGAUGAGGACUUUGACAGCGGGAAGGUAAAGAAGGUGAAAAAGUACAAGAAGGAGAGGAGGAGGAGUUUUAAUGUUUUCCAGAAGAUACAGGACCGGAAGAACAUGUGGUCUGUCACACCAGGAGGGAAGAAGGGUUGCCUGGGAUACCGCUACUGACCAAGAGAACCAGUUGGCAUGUGGGAUGUUUUAAAACGGGGGUCGUCCUCUGUGGCUCUCCGCUCGAAGGCGAAGGGCCCUGCCGGAGGCUGGCGCUGCCGUCUGCCCAAUCGGACCAGAACGUGGCCGGGGGGCGGUCCUGCGGUCUGGACCACGGCGCUGUGACGUCUCCACGCGGCCCGCGGCCUCCUCUGAGGUUCUCUGCUGGGGGGGAAACAAGCGGAACCGGACAAGUCCGACACACAGGCGGCUCGAUCCGGGCUAAUCUUGGGCAAUCUGCCACGAGUGCUGGAAAAUGCUACCACAGUACAAGACCUGAGUGCGCCGGUUCAUUAAUCCAACCAUUUAAGGACUAGGCAUGAAUGAGUCGGCUCACCGAGGGCGUCACAGCCAUCUUGUACUGCGGUUGUCAUGGCGGCAUGUCACGCGUCCCCGUUUUGAGUGGAAGUACUGCGACGCGAUCUCCUUCAUUCACCCAAGACUUGCACUCUCUCUGAGAAAUACUCAGACGACGUUAAAAAUGAAAUCUCGGCUUGCUGAUAUCCUUGCUUCUGUCAUUUCUGAACAUUGUGACCGUUAGUUAAUUGAGCUUUUAAGUCUUUCGUAGAAGGCCGGCGGGUCAAGCUGUGUUUGACCGAACGUGCGCCAUGUUGCUCGUGAAGUCUUGGUGAAUGAGGGGGAGCGCGAAUUUGAAUGUGAGAAUGAGAAUGAAAUGGGAGUGUUUUGGGUGCACAAACGAGGGCAGUGCUGUACAACCAAGCUGUCAACAGCCUGCCGUCACCUAGCAACCAGGAGCAGGCUGUUACAGUCUUUCAUGGCCGCAAACCUGCUAGCUGUGAGGUUGCCUGUGGUAAUGGUAAUCUUGCGUACACCUGGAACAUCUGGCCAAGUGACCUCCUUUCCAAAAAACUACCCCCGACUGUCGAAGAGUGAAAAGUUAGGAAAGUCAGAAGGUUUCUGAAAUCUGCGACGCCCUCAGUUACCUGUUCUCGACUUCAAACUGGGAGUGGUGUUAUAGUUUAACCACAUCCUUCCCCCCCCACCCAUGGUGACACACCCUUGCUGAAACUGCGGAGGCCACAGUUGCUAACUGUGACUUUGAGUUAAGGCAGGCUUUUGGAGCCUCAGGGUUGUUGUGGGCCCCGGCUGCAGGUGAACGUUUUGCAGGAAUGCUGUUGGCCACUGAAAGGCUUGCGCCUGGCGACCUUUUCUUUUUUGUUUGUUUGACUGUUUGUUUCUUGAAUUCUUUCAAAGUGUAAUUUUGUUCCUUUGCCAAACAUGCUGUAAGGCACGUGUGCGUUGCCCAUACAGUUAAGUUUAACACGUGGAAAAAGAGGGGUUUUGGACUUCAUUUUUUGUUGUUACUGUUGAUGAAUUCCAUGCAUGUAAUAGUUUUGUUGAAUUCAGUUUUAUUUUUCUAUGUGAAUUGUACAUCCAAAUAAUCAUACAUUUGGAAGAUUUAUAUUGAAAGGAUAGUCUUGACACCGAGGAUAGAUUUGGAUUAAUUUACUUGUUUGACCGUGUGCAAGUAAAUGGUACAGAAAUUUAAAAAACACGGCAGGAUAUUUAAAAAAAAAAAAAAAAAAGUGUGCAGAGCAGAUCUCCCCGUGGUACCUAAACCGCAGGACCUGAGACAGACAGACACAAACAGGAAGCCUGUGAAUCCGCUCUCCAGCUAGGCCUUCAGCCCGCUGCUCAAGUUAAAACGACUUUUUUUUUUUUUUUUUUUUAGGCGAGCAGAGUUGAGGUGAAGAAUCUGCUCUUCAUCACCGUGCACCAGCUUGGUGAAAAUUUUAUGGAGUUUUAAUUGCGUUUCUCUCUUCCGCCUGUGAAGAAUGUAUUUAGAUUCAUUGUUUCACGGUUAAUGGACAGACACAAUUAAAAUUUAAUCGGCUAAAUUCUUAAGGCUGCAAAUUGGAUCUUUUUCAUUAUUGAGGGAACGGUGUAGCUAACGGUUGGCUGUGUGCAUGUGCUUCAUGCUUGAGAUGCAAAAAAGGCUCAGGUUGAUAUGAAUAUGUAUUUCAUGGAUUACAUAUCCAUUGUAUCAAACAUAUCUUCAGUAAUUCCAAUUAAUAUGCGUAUGUGAGAGGGGAUGUGUGUAAACUUAAUUUAUUCAGUCCAGGUGCGAGGAGGAUUACUUAAAAUGACUCAUUUCCCAUAACCUUCCCAUUAUUAUUUUAAGAUUAAAUAAGCUGAAUGUUUGAACGUUAUAUCAGUGGAAAUCUUUAAGUUAACAUCAAACUUCUUUGUGUUUGGAUAAAAUCAAAUUAGUUGGAUCUGCUGCUAUUUUUCUGCAUCUUUUCAGGACGAUGAUCUUCUAAUGCAAUGCCUCCUUUGUUUUCACGUUCGUCUUUCUCUUUCUCCUGCAAACCGUGCCUCUUGAACUCAUUACCAUCCUCAUUUUAGUUUGAGAAUUUUAAUUUGGGUCUGAAUUGAGGUAAAGAUGCUUUGGUUUGGUGACGCUUUUAGGACUUCUUUUUCUGUCUGCUCUGUGGCCUGGUGAAACUUGUGUACCAUCUUGCCAAGGUGCUGGACAUGACCUCAUGUCCUGUUGGUGGACACAGGUUUGUUCCCAGAAUCCACCAGCACCCUAGGGCCAGUAUUCGCUGAGAGGACACGAGCAAGGAUAAAUACUAAAUAAAUGGAGUUUAUUUUAUUUUAUUUUUUCAUUUUUUAAAAUGAGUUUCAUCCGUGUAAUUUUGUCAACAUAGUAAAAUUUGGUCUGCAGUCUGUGCUCAGGACAAACAAGAGAGGCUAUGUUUGAUGUCUGCUUUUAUGCAUGUAACAUAUUUAAAGAUUUCUAUAUUUUUUACAGAGAAUUAAGAAUGUAUAUUGCAGAGGUGCGGUUCGGUAGAAGCUGGGUUUUGCAUGUAGAGUUUGCUGUGGCAGAGCCGCAUGUGGGCGGGUUCUCUGGGUCCAGCGAGAGAUGCCCGUGGGAAGGAACGCUGGAGGAAGCCACACUGCCUCUCUGCUCUCUAUCCUUUGGUGUGUGGGGAGUCGGGACUGAAGGUCUGUGUGUGUGUGUGUGUGUGUGUGUGUGUGUGUGUGUGUGUGUGCAGGGUGUGUGUGUGUGUGUGUUUGUGUGUGGGUGGACUGGCUGCUGUUUCUGUACAAUGUGCAGCUCUGGGUCUCAGCACCGGUCACAUACAGUACAUUGGGGGUGUGUCUCAGGAAAGCUGACCAUCCUAGACAACACUGUUGCCCCUCUCACCAAAAACUUCAACCCUUAACCCCCCCCCCUCGUUCUUCUACACCCUCCCCAUUGCUACACUGACCACUGAACUAUUCACUGAAAUGUCCUACACAAAGAACUCAGUUCCCUGCUAUGGUUAAACAUCACGCAUACCUCCCCUAGUCAACCCCCCCCCCCACCGAACACUUCCUUAAUAUGUAUAAUGUAUAUUUGAAAAUAUAAAGAGAAAAAAAAACUGUGGGGUCUUCCAUUUGUCUGGGCACAGAUACACCGCAUUUAUAAACGAAUAAUGAAAAUGCUUUGCCAAUGUAAAACCUGCACAGCACACCUCUUCUCCUAACCUCCUGUACUGUUUUAUAAUAUAAAAGUACACCACUUUCUCCCCUCCGUUUUAUUAGACAGGUUUCCUUGGAUUGACUUCAAAAUUAGUUGCGUCACGGUUUAUAUACAUACGCAUUACACAAAAAUGGAAAAAGUAUAUAUUCAAAAAAAAAAAAUUCAAAAAAAAACCUGUCGUAUCUAUGGGUUGUUGGAUUGUGAUUAGAAAUUAUCUGCAAAUAGAUGUGAGAAAUGCGAUGUCUUUCAUGUGAUUCCGUAAUGCUUUUACUGUAGAGUGAUUACAGUAAAUGACGGUAUUAAAAAGAGGCAUAUUGCUAUUACGAGUACAGUGUUCUAGAGUGUAUGAAUGUUUCGUGUGAAACUAACCUGAAAUUAGACGUGUAAUAUCAAUGAGACUGACUUAUUUUUUAUUUUUAUUUUUUUGGAACACUGACUGGUCUAAAUCUUCCCAUGUGUCAUAAUCUGCAUUUAUGGUUCUACAUUUUGCACCAUUUUUUCUGACCAAGGAGAGACCUUUAAUUAUUAAGAUAGGAACUCAUACAAAAAAUAUGUAUAAAUGUACAGGUGCAAUAAAGUUGUCACUUUUGUGGAA